CGGGGAGGGGGAGCCGCUGCCGUCACCGAGGCUCCCGGCUCGCUCGCCCCGCCGCCGCGGCAGCCCCAGCCCCGCUCCCACCCCCUCGCCUGCCCCCACCCUUCUUCCCUCUCCGUCUCUCUCUCUGUCGGCGAGAGCGGUGUGCUGCUCUUCCCAGAUGGCAGCCGGCAGCGCCAUGCAGCCUCCCGCUCCUCCUCCUCCUCGCCCUCCUCUCCGGCUCUAAGUCAAUGCCAUGCUGCCGCUGCUCCUCCCGGCACUGCUGGCCGCCUGCCUGCCACCCUGCCAGGGCUGGAGCCCCUCGGCGGCUGCCGGCGGGCAGGAGGAGCAGGAGCAAGAGCUCUUCUUGCCCCCCGCCAACUCCUCCUCCCGCUCCUUGGCCGGCCUCGAGAUGGACCUCGACGGGGCAACGAGCAAGGAGGAAGGCAGCACCGCCAGCCCGGGCACGCCGGCUGCCGCUAGCCAAGAGCCUUUCCCUUCUGCUCCCACCUCCUCCGGGCAGCAGCAACAGCAGCAGCAUCAGCGGCCCCAGCCGCAGGGGCAGCCGCAGCCCGCCGAGGACCCGCACUGCAAUAUCAGCGUGCAGCGGCAGAUGCUGAGCUCGCUGCUGGUGCGCUGGAGCCGCCCGCUGGGCAUCCAGUGCGACCUCCUGCUCUUCUCCACCAACAGCCACGGGCGGGCCUUCUUCUCCGCCGCCUUCCACCGCGUGGGGCCGCCGCUGCUCAUCGAGCACCUGGGGCUGGCGGCCGGCGGCGCCCAGCAGGACUUGCGCCUCUGCGUGGGCUGCAGCUGGGUGCGGGGCAGGAGGGUCGGGCGGCUGCGGGGCGCCGCGCCUCAGCCCCCUGCCGCCUCCUCUUCAUCCUCCUCCUCAUCAUCCUCCUCCUCCUCCUCCUCGUCGCUCUCCUACCCGCCGGCGGCGGAGCCCGGCCAGUACUGGCUGCAGGGCGAGCCGCUGAAUUUCUGCUGCCUGGAUUUCAGCCUGGAGGAGCUGAAGGGAGAGCCGGGCUGGCGGAUGAACCGUAAGCCCAUCGAGUCCACCCUGGUGGCUUGUUUCAUGACUCUGGUCAUCAUCGUGUGGAGCGUGGCCGCCCUCAUCUGGCCGGUGCCCAUCAUCGCCGGCUUCCUGCCCAACGGCAUGGAGCAGCGCCGCAGCACCAGCACCGCCGCCACCGCCGCCGCCGCCGCCAAGUAGCCUCGCCCGGCGUCCCCUUCCCUCCCUCGUCGUGUGCUGCCGAGGGGCGCGGGCGGCCGCCCCCCGCCGGGCCGGGCUGUGUCGCGCUGCCCCUGCCGUGUUUUUUAUGUUUUAAGGCGUCUUAAAGGUGUGCUGCGGGGCGCGAACGGCCGUUGGGCGCGAGCGACCGUUGGGCGCGAACGGCCGUUGGGCACCGGCCGUUGGGCGCCGGCCGGCUGUUGGGCGCCAACGGGCCCCACCUGAGGGGAGCGGCUCCUCCGCGCCCCUCGGCCCCGCCGCCGGAGACGACCAGAUCCUGUGUGCUCGUUUUCUACCUUUAAUACCCGUUUUAAACGAACCUUUUAGUAAAAAAGAAAGAAAAAAAAAAAGCCCCCCCCCAAAAAAAAAAAAAAAAUUUAAACGUGGAAAACAAAAUACCCACCCGUUCAACCGCAUUCGUUGUAGUCAGCAGCUUUUUUGUAUAUGAAUACAGUCCGAGCGAGUUUUUUCUUUAUUUACAAAAAAUAAGUCUCUUUUUGGCGGGAUCUAGAACUGAAACAGUCUGUAUAUUGUAAUUGCCGAAGUUGAACUUUAACGAACCUUUUACACUGUAUUUACACUGUUGAGAUAGUGUGUGAUUAUUAUUGUAGCUCCACGUUACUUGGCUUUUAAUACAGAGGUUUUCUUUCUGGAGCCUCCUUAGCCUUUUGUGGGUCUGUUUCUGCCAGUCUGGACAGGAGGGUUCAGCCGACCUCCCCAUCUCCAAGCUGGCCACGAAGCUCGUCUUUCCCUGUGAGAGGAUGUUACCGGGGUUGUUGGAGGAAAAGGGGAAUGACAAACCCUUCCCAAAUGGUGUUUGUUCUAUUCUUGCAGUAGAUUUAAGUCUGUAUGCCUGUCUGGGAUGGGGUGAGGUGGGAUGGAGAACAUCUGCAUCCUCAAAAGGUGUUUGCUUAGCACAGCUCCAGGACUAUGGCUUUCUUGUUGGUUUGAGGUCGGGUGGCUCCGAUCCUGGGAAUAUCAGGCCUGCUCUUUGAGAUGUAUUAAAAGGAGCACAGUGGCGAUUUUCUGACUUCCACAAGAACAUUCCUCAAAAACAGCUCAGCCCCAGCAUAUUUGUUGAAGACGUGGUAAUACUGUACCGCUUUUUCAUCUACAAGUCCAUAGGGCUGCUCACAGGUUGCCUGUGGGGUGGAGAGAGGGGAGGAACUGCAAGUCCACAGCUAGAUUACAGCUGCCACUGUGCAAGUGAGCAAGAAAGAAAGGUUUGCAAGAUUUCUUCUUUCCUGUCCAAGCAGACAGUUGCAUAGCCUGAAAUACCACUCAGUGUAUCCUUGCAACUCUUUAGCCUUAUAAGAAGUUGUUUCUUUUGCCUUAGACACUAUUAGUCCAGCUGAAGUUUCUGAAACCAAAAUGUAAGCUAAGUGAGAAAGGUUUGCAAUAGGAAUUCUCAUUCCUUUGUCAACAUCAAUGUAUUUAAUUUGUUAGGAACACGUAAACUCACUUGAAGGCUAAUUUGAUGUAUUUGUAAUGUUGUUUUGUUCCCCAUGUUUUGGUGGAAAUGACUGGAUGAAAGGUCUGGAAAGAUUAAAUUUUUAGGAUUCUGUAGCUCAAGGACUUUUUUCUUAUUCUUUUUUUAUUUGAGAACCAAAUAAAAAAAUGCAUGCUCUAUGUGUAUACUGUCUGGAAGAAAACACAGACAGAAACAGAUUGGUAAACAGCAUAAAUAAAUUAAAUCAAGAUUUUAAAAUCUUCCAUGUUACUGGGCUGCCUUUACAUCCACUUUUUCUCUUGUUGAUCGUAACGGGUGUUCACUUGAGUAAAUGUUGCAUUGGGUUGUUUUCGGGAAGGAGAGUCCAGUCACCACGAGAAGUACGCAUUUGACCUGUUGAUCUGAAGGGCACGUUCCCUUGUGUGCUUCGUUUGCGGAGCCCUGCUUUUCUUUCCGCGACGUGAGAAGUGGAUUGUUAUUUCCGCCUUGUGAGAAUUGUUUUGCACAGAAACACAACGUGCUAGAGAGCGAUUAUUUGCCUACAAUGCCCCGUGUGAGGGGGAAGCCCUUUCAUACUGAAAGGCAAGGGUACAGAGAAACAUAAAGGCGAUGUUAACACCCUCCCAAAAGAAAGAUGCUCUGUAUAUAAGAUAACCCUCAGAAGGGUUGCCACGCCAGGAGAGCAUUUCUGGUUAACAAGGUGCAUUUAGGCAGAGAGUUAACAACUCCUGCUGAAGUUUUGCUGCUUCUCUAAUGUGCGGUGCAUAGUAUUCGCUGGGGUCCAGGGCAUCUGUGCCUGUGCUGAGGGUUGUGAUCUCAUUCUUGCUUAUCCUAGUUUCACCAGUGACGUGCUGUUGUUGUUGUUUUUUGUUUGAUUUUUUUUUUUUUUUUUUUUUUUAAUUGCACCACCAUAAGCAAGGGAAUGAUGUUGCAGUCGGAAGCAGGCAGCUUCAGUUUUUAAAGGCUUUUUAUUUGCCGUUCUUAGACACCUACCAAGAACCCUAAACCUGGUAUAACACGGUUUGGGGUGUGUCUUCAAACUUCUACCGACAUCAGCUUGAAUACAAACCGUGUAAAUAGGCAAUGCCGUAUUCGGGAUAUUUUGCUGCUAAAGGAAAGAAAAACCCAAAAGGCAAAUCUUGUCCAGAAUACAAAAACUGCACCAUGUUCAGGGAGUGCUGAUCUCAGAAGCAAAGUGCAAAGAGCACUUCCCAGUUAAAAGAAGGUGUUUCUGUAGAUUGUCACAGAAGGGGUGAGCACAUCCCCUUCACAGAGAGAGGACAGUCAGCGUUUCUGCCCCACAGAAAGGACUUCACAGCACAGUGGAGGGUGCAGAGGCUGCCUCCUGUACAGGGUUUAGCCUGGUGUCUCCCAGCCCACAGGUUAUGGUGAGGCGGCAGCAGGGUUUCUCCUGUGAAGAAGAGAGGUGCACAGAUUGGCACCCACAGCUGUUCUGGAUUCUCGGUGGCCCAGAUGUACAGGGAGGUGCCUCUCAGCUGCCACGGGCUGGAGCGGUCACUGUGGAAUGGCGCUGUACAGACCAUCCGCCUUCUUCGGGCACUGUCACGUCUGCUCGAGCGUCAGUAACCCUGCUUCCCAAGCCGUGGCUGCUACUGCGGCUCUAUGUAACCGAUAAUUUUGGGUGACAAAAGGCGGUGUCCUUUCUCACGCAACUUUCCCCCACAUCCAUGGGGAUUUGGGCUAGAUUAAACCCAGAAGAUUCAAGCUCAGAGUGAUGUGAAAUGAUGCAACUCCAUGCGAGCCGGUUUCAGAUUCUGACUCCAGACACCAAAGUGUCUGUAUUUAUUUUCUCUUUCACUGGCAGUGGAGCUCUAUUGUCUUUUUACAGUGUGUGUGUGUGUGUGUGUGAUUCUUAGCCAUUUUUUAUUCCUUUGGAUUUAUUUUUAAAACCAGUUGGUAGCAGGGUCAGCAUCAGAGCAGGAUUAGUCAUCCGUAUAUACUCCUUCAUAUACUCAGGAAGGGUAUGUAUGUACAUAUGUACACAUAUAUAUAUAUACAAGAGGACUUACUGUGUACAAAAGAAGGU